UAUUCUGUUUCUGUUGUUGCGUGGACAGGAGCUAUAAAACUUUCAACAAAAAGCAAAAAUGGAGGCGGCGGCAGUUGCAGCGACCAAACCGUUGAUCAAAGUGGUGGCUAUCUGUGGGUCCGUCCGUGAAGGUUCCUACAACCGCGGACUCAUUCGUUCUGCGAUUGAGAUAAGCAAGUCGUCAAUGAGCGGCGUGGAAAUAGAGAACGUGGACAUAUCGAAGCUGCCAUUGCUGAACACAGAUCUGGAGGGAAAGGGAACUUUUCCACCUGUCGUCGAAGCAUUUCGUCAGAAGAUCCGAGAAGCUGAUAGCAUUCUCUUUGCCUCACCUGAAUACAAUUACUCCGUCUCGGCACCGCUAAAGAAUGCACUUGACUGGGCAUCAAGACCCCCAAAUGUUUGGGCUGACAAGGCUGCUGCAAUUAUAAGCGCUUCAGGAGGCUCUGGCGGUUCACGAUCCCAAUACCAUCUUCGCCAAAUUGGAGUCUGCCUUGACCUUCAUUUCAUCAACAAGCCAGAGUUCUUCCUGAAUGCAUUUCAGCCCCCUGCAAAGUUCGACGAGAACAGCAACUUAAUUGAUGCACAGACCAAGGAGAAUUUAAAGAAAGUUCUUCUUUCCUUGCAGGCUUUUACUUUGAGACUCCAAGGAAGAUAGUUUAUCAGCUCAUCUGUGAGAUUCAUUUCUCAUACUAUUUAAGUUGUUAGUAAAUGGAGAUGAAAAAUAAUGUGAGAUGCCUUCAACUAUUUGAAGAGAAAUUUAAAUGACAUUCAUUCCGUUUUUCCUUUU